CCCAUGUUUUGUUUCUACCUGGUCGAAUGUGGUACAUUGUUGUACAGGUUACAUAUGUUACAUAUGUACUUGACCCCCCUGUAUCUCGAGAGUGCUUCUGGAAUCUUCCUGAAUUGUUCUUCUCAAUUGAUUCUUGUCUGAAAUGACGAUCUACUGUAAUAUGCUGGAUGCUCGACGAGGCUGCGACGCGGGGGACAAAUAUUCAUGACGUCAAGACUGAGGCGCGCCCUGCAGCCUCGUAGCCUUGUCUUUCUCCUGGUGAAAUCCCGAUGUCUAGAUAUUUCCCAACACUUUGUUCGGUUCCUUUUGGGUCCUUUGUAUCAAGGAGGUUGAAUGGUUUUGAACCAACAAUAAAUACCAUCACUUUGACGUCGAGGUUCUAUACCGUGGUAGGUUCACGUUGUCCAGGAAUACGAGCCAAUCAACGCCAAGCCAUUCCAUUCCGCAAAGAAGAGAAUAUUUUCCUCCAAAUCCCUGACUGGGGGUUCGACCAUCGUUUGUCAAAUGUAGGACAAGAACAAAGAAAGAAAGUUCAAGUCGACAUAAUGCCAUGUCCCGACCCGGACCUGUUGGUCAAAAUGCACGUCCAUUGUCGGACUAUUUCGAAGUCCGCAACACCAAAACAUCAGGCCGUGGAGUUUUCGCCUUGACCGACAUCCCACCCGACACGACCUUACUCGAGACGUGUCUCAUAGCGGCGAGCACGAUAUACAAACCCUACGCCAAGGAAGUUUGCGCGCAAUGUUUCGCCUACGACCGUGGGGUUUUGUGGAAGAUCCGCGACAAUUCUCGUAAUGUCGUGUUCUGCGGCGAGUCAUGUCGAGAACUAUGGUCGACGUCUACACCUCCUUCGGCUCUCGUCGCACGUGAACAAGUCCAGGAAUUUCUUGUCCGGCGCAACAAACAAAAGUUGUGGGAUUCUGAGAUUGUAGACUUCAACAAACCUUCCGUCGAAGAGAUCGAGAAAGCAUGGACAGAGGCGGAGGAGAAAGCCAACCUGAUUCGAGCCGCUCGAUCAUCAACGUCAAACCCAAAAACCAAGGCACAACUCAAGACUCUGAGACAGGUGCGACAAUCCCUACAUCCCGACCCGGAUACUCUAUGGUUCUUGCUCGACGCCGUCACUCAAGUUCUCGGUCGAGACGGCAUUUUGGAAUCAUCAACCGCCGACCUCGCAGUCGACCCUCGACCUUACAUCAACACCGAAGAUCUCGGUUUUCACGUCGAAGCUUACCUGGUUUUACUCGCCACCGUUCCUGAACAGGUCCUUCCGCACGUCCAACAGUCCCUCCUGAGGACCAUUCAAUCACGUACCACGCACAAUUCGUUUGGUCUUCGAUCGUUGGAUGAGGGAGGAGGAGGAGGAGGAGGUGCCGAAGCCGACGCCGACGCCGGACGCACGACAAUGGCCGUAGGCAGUGAAUGUUUCGGGUUCGGUGUGUGGCCGGAAGCGAGUUAUUGGAAUCACAGUUGUGAACCGAACCUGAAGAAAUCUCGGGCGGGAAGGACCUGGAGAUUCUCCACGUCCCGUAGCGUCAAACCCGGGGACGAAUUGUGCAUAAGUUAUCUGGGGGGGGAUGAGAGGGACAUGUCGACCGUGGAACGAAGAGAGAAACUCCAGAGGAUCUGGGGCUUCGAAUGUGCUUGUACAAAAUGUGUCGCCCCAACUUGGGUAUCGAGCACACACAUCACAACACCACAAAACUAUAAACACCUAGGUGGUGUGACGAGUGACGACUUAGGUAGGAAGAAGUGAUGAACCAAGUCUCAUCGAUCGUCAUUUUUACACACACACCGUCGAAACCCCUCACCCGUAGGUCUUGUUGGGUCGGUUUGACCAUGAUGAUGUCGAUGUGUACUCCAUAGAAAAGGAGGCCUCGACUAGUACAGAAUAAAACCUCUUUCUCCAUUCUGGUACAUAUCUACCGAAAGAGGAAAAAGGUCACCUCGCCCGGAUUGUAAUGAAUCUAACAUGGCAUAUUUUUGGGGCAAGGUGAGGUAGCCAUAUCAGGUAUUUGAUUUUUGUGUUCCUCGGGGUGCGACGAGUUUCAGGAAAGACCGCACUCACUCAGUCCACUCUGCCGACUUGUCUCACACUCGGUAGGGGAUGAUGCAAAGAACUAGGAGAUACGUUUUCCAAAAGGAUCCGGACUAGGACAUAACAAAAGGACUCGACUAAUCAUUCAAAAAAGGGGAUUCUCCUCGAGGACAUGGGAGCUUACAUGACGUGUG